AUGCUAUCAAGAAAUAUUUUGAGGCAGUCAUACAACUGCACUAAGGGACGAUACUUCACUUCUUCUGCUUUGUCAUUCAAUUUAUUUGGAGGAAAAAAAGUUGUGAAUCAAACACAGUUAAAUGCCCCAACUGGAAAAGGCGAAUCAACGACCAACCCAGCGGACAUGAUAAAGAGAAACGAUAUAUUGAUGUUUUCACAAAAACCUAUAAAUUAUAUUGAAACAGUUAAAAGUAAUGGAUUUCAUCUUGCAAACAAUUUAUUGAUAACAUCACCCGAUAAAGAGGGAAACAUAAUUGGUACGUUAUUGCUUGAUAGUGAAACAUUUGAAAUCAACUUGUCUAAACCAAACAAAGGCUUCGAUAUUAUAAAUGGAUUUAUAAUAGAUUUUCAUGAAGAUGUGUUACAAAUAUUUAAUAAAAUACAUCCAAAGCCUGAAAUUUGUGUUGUCGGAUUAGGUUGUAAAUCAAGGAUGUUGAGUGAUUCAACCAAAAAGUACUUCUCUAAUUUGGGUAUUCAAGUAGAUCAUUCUGAUUCAAAUAAUGCGGCACAGAUCUUUGAUUUGUUAGCUACGGAAAGACCAAAUGUUAUAGCAGCAUUGUUAUUACCUCCAAACAUCUAG